AACCAAACGAAAUAUUCUUGGUUAAAUAUUUGUUAUUUGAUAAUGAAGUAUCGUUAUCUAACCUUUGCCACAAUGUUGCUUCAAUGUUGCUGUGGGACAAAUCGCAUUAAAAUGCCGAGACAUAUCCCGAAUUUAUGUCGUGCGACACAUUGAGACUUUGCACUUCAAUGUUCCAAUGUUCUCAAAAUGUCAUCAGAAAUAUCUCAAAACGUAAGGAAAGACAUGAAUGAGAAAGUCGGCAAAGCUCAAGAUGCAGAGAUUAAUGUGGAAACACAACGAAUGCAGGAAUUGGAGGUUGACGUUGGAAAAAUACUCAAUGACGAUGGAUUGGAUGAUAUAGAAGGCGACACAUCGCCAUAUCCUGAAGGUUAGAACGCGCUCCUAGAUUUUGCAGUUGUUAGUAAACUAAUGUUUCCUAGUUAGAGCUGUCGUUCCAGAUGUCGACGAUCAAUCCAUCCCUGUCAAUACCCUUAGGAUGUGGAUUUUAGGGUUUGCGUUUACUAUGAUUGGUGCUGGCAUCAAUCAAUUCUUCAGUCUCCGUUAUCCCUCAGUACAUAUUGUCGCACUCGUUGCUGAACUUCUCGCAAUGCCCUUCGGCAUACUUUUAGCAAAGAUCCUACCACUCUACACCGUCAACCUAGGUCCUUUAGGAAAAUGGUGCAUCAAUCCCGACAGACAUUUCAACAUAAAGGAACAUACCGUAAUAACCAUUAUGAGCAAUGUGAGUUUUGGAUACGGGAGCGCAGACUCAACGAGUAUUAUUCAAGCUGCGAAAGCAUUUUACAACUUUGAUUUGAAGCCAGGUUUCUCAAUUCUCGUUGUACUUUGUUGUCAAAUGAUGGGUUUUGGAGUUGCAGGACUAUCAUCACCUUGGUUGGUAGAGCCUGCCUCUAUAAUUUGGCCGGGGGUGUUAUCCAAUUGCGCUUUACUUUCCACCUUACAUUCUCGAGCCAAUGCCAUAGCCAAUGGCUGGAAAAUUAGUCGACUUCGAUUUUUCAUGUACGUUAUGGUUGGGGCAGGAGUUUGGUAUUUCUUCCCUGGAUUGAUAUUUGUGUCUCUUUCGUACUUUACAUGGGUUUGUUGGAUCGCCCCAAAUAACUUAAUCGUGAAUCAUCUGUUCGGUAUGGUCACAGGCCUUGGAUUAAGUCCUAUCACUUUUGAUUGGUCACAAGUUGCGUAUAACACGAAUCCUCUCCUUUCCCCAGCGUGGGCAGGUUCGUUUUAUCUCUAAUUUAUUUAAUUUAUCGAUGUGGCUAACGAAUACUUACAGCAAUGAAUGUAUUUGGUGGCUUCAUUAUUUUCUUUUGGAUUGUCACACCCGGUCUUUAGUAAGUCUAAAAAGGUUACUACUCCAUGUCAGUCUGAACACUAACUCUUAUAUUCACAGCUAUGCAAAUGUUUGGUACACAGCCUAUCUACCACUUUGUUCAGCUGAUGUAUACGAUAAUACCGCAUCCCUUUAUAAUGUUUCUCGGGUGAUGACUUCAGCAAAUACUCUAAACACAACUGCAUAUGCCGAAUACUCUCCUCCGUUCCUCCCCGCUACAUUUGCUUUCGUCUAUGGGAUAUCUUUUGCUGCGCUUACAGCUGUUCCUGUUCAUAUAUAUAUCUGGCAUGGUACUCAAAUCCGUGAUGCAUUCGCAGGUCGUACUAAAAUGGAUAUCCACGCUCGCUUGAUGCGCCUCUAUUCUCAAACUCCUUGGUAUUGGUAUGGAGCUAUUACUAUAAUAAUAAUGAUACUAGGUAUUGUAAUGGUCGAGGUUUAUCAUACGACUUUACCAUGGUGGGCUGUUUUGCUAGCAGCAAUCAUUCCCGCAAUUUACAUGAUUCCAUGUGGUAUUAUUCAAGGGAUAACAAAUGUGGAUGCCAACCAAUUGAAUGUUUUAGCCGAAUUCAUUGGGGGAUAUAUGUUCACUGGGCGACCAUUGGCAAGUAUGUAUACCUUUAAGUUUGUACAAGAGACAAUCUGAUUGACCAACUACAGACAUAAUUUUCAAGGUUCUUUCUACCGAUGUAGUGGGCCAAGGCCUGUACUUUGCACAAGAUAUGAAGCUAGGCCAUUACAUGAAAGUUCCACCUCGAACGCUCUUUUUUGCACAAGGAAGCGCCACUGUAAGUUUAUCCACGCACUCACAGCUGCAGACAAUUUUCUAACAAAAAUCUAGAUUCUUGGAGCUCUCACACAAGUAGGUGUAACUCUUUGGAUGCUUGGAAACGUCAAAGAUAUCUGCUCAGAAGAUCAAUCGAAUGGUUUUACAUGUCCGAACGGCCGCACAACCUUUUCUUCAUCUGUUAUCUGGGGAGCAAUCGGUCCCGGACGCGUUUAUUCAAUCGGAAAGAUUUAUUCCGGUCUCUUGCACUUCUUUUGGAUCGGUGCAAUUAUGCCAAUUAUUACUUGGGUUAUUUGGAAGUACUGGAGAAAGAACAAUGGAGAAGAAAGGAAAUGGAUACGACUCAUCAAUUGGCCAUUAAUUUUCGUCGGGACUUAUAACGUGCCGCCUGCUACGGGAAUCAACUAUAGUAGUUGGGCAUUAGUCAACUUAACCUUUAACUGGUGGAUUAAAGCGAAAUGGUUCGCAUGGUGGUGUAAGUACCUCCAUCCGUUUCUUCCCCGAAGAGUUUGAAACUGACACUCAAAAGCCAAAUACAAUUAUGUCUUAGCGGCUGCACUCGAUACAGGUCUUGCACUUUCGGCAAUUGUCAUAUUCUUUUGCAUCACGUAUCCUGGAGCUCAGUUUCCUGAUUGGUGGGGUAAGUUCUUUUUGAUUGAUUUAUAUUUUAAGCAGUUGAACAUGGGGCUUGGAAAAGUUACAAUGAGUGACUAAUUUUGGGAUAUGUAGGUAAUACGGUUUAUCUCAACACAGCAGAUGGUAAUGGACUUCCGUGGUUACAAUUGCCUGAAAGUGGUAGAUUUGGACCAGCUAAUGGGACGUGGCAUUGAGGGGGAUAUUGAGUUUCGGUUAGAAAAGGAGAGGAGGUGGGAAUGAAUAGGAGAAAGCUUAUGUGGAGGGUCUUUGUGAGCAAAAAGAGACUCGUCUACUAUCAGGUUGAGAUAGGAGAGAAUAUUUUUCACCACUACUGGAGUAUUCGGCUACAUCCUUUCGUCGCCCUUCACACCAUUUACCAAACAACCUUCUCUGAAAACAAAAACUCCAAAAAGAAUAGAAAGGUAAAACAAAACAUACAACAGUAGGGAUUCGCUGGUGGUCACCCACCCAACUACUAAUCUACCGAUCUGAGGCUUGUGUAUGGCAGAGCGGACGGGAUGCCCAAUUCUCCUCAGUCUAUGGUCGUAUGUGCUGGUCA